AUGUCGGCAGCACGCGUAGCCUUGUCGCUGGCACGGCGGGUGCCUCUCAGCCCUGCUCGGCUCGCUCCUCGCACCUUUUCUACCGUCGCGGUUCGACGAGAGAAAUACACCCUGAAGCCCGGAGAUCCGGAGGGCAAACUCGUUUCCUUUGACCAAAUCAAGACGGAGAAGGAUCUCCUCCCUCCCGGCGCCGAGCCUGGUACUGUUCCCACGGACCUCGAACAAGCCACGGGUUUGGAACGUCUCGAAAUUCUCGGAAAGAUGCAAGGCAUUGAUGUCUUUGAUAUGUCACCGCUUCCCUCGGACAGGACUGGCACUUUCGAGGAUCCAAUCGUUGUCAAAUCUGCUGGAGAUGAGAUUCAAGUUGGUUGCACUGGCUCUCCUGCGGACUCGCACAUCGUCCGAUGGCUUGUGUUGUCCCGAAAGAGACCAUUCGAACGAUGCAACGAAUGCGGUAGUGUGUACAGAAUGGACUACGUUGGACUUCCCGACGACCCACACGAUCACCACCACGGCUUCGAGGAACCCAAGACCAUGGCUGAUUUCGUCAAGCCCGACUACUGGUACAGGUGA